AUGCUGGGGCAGAGUGUUUUAAGUGCCCGGGUUCUGAGGAAUUUAGCCCCACUUCAGUUUGUACUCAGUUUAGCGAUCAUUCGCCGUUCAUAUCAGUUAAGGAAUAACUGGGAGUAUAACCGGGGGUCGGUAGAUUCUUCCACCAUGAAGUUCUUAAUCAUUUCCUUGGCUGUAGUCGCAACGUCUGUCGCUGUCCCCCAAGGCUAUAAUCUAGCAGUGCCUUCCGGAAGAGGGUUUUCCCAUGGCGCUCAAGGUGGAGGAGGAGUAGGAUUCUCUGGAGGAAAUGGAAUCUCAGGCGGUGGAGGUGGAUUUUCAGGCAGUGGAGGAAAUGGAUUCUCAAGUGUUGGAGGCUCUUCAUCAGGGCAAGGUUAUGGGGGUGGGGGUUCCGGAGGAGCCUGCAGAGAAGGAGAGAUCUUGCACAUAGAUGGAUCGUGCGUCGUUCCCAUCGUUACAAGAAAUGUGUUCGUUUAUGAUGCUCCCGAACAGCCUCAAGGGGAAAGCGGUCCACCACCAAGUAUUCCACCACCGAGGGUUGAUCACAACAUCCUGUUCGUACGCAUUCCUGAAGAAGGUCCAGGACCCGAACCUAUCAUUGUUCCACCACCAAAACAGGAAAACAUUGUUUACGUCCUGAACAAGAGCGGAGGUGACGGAGGACAACGCGUGAUCGAGGUGACAGUUGCUCCUCCUUCAAAUCCUGAGGUAUAUUUCGUCAACUACGAAGAGGGAGAAAAUCCAACCCUUCCUAUUGGAGUGGAUCUUCAGACUGCCCUCCGGGCAGCUGCUGAAGCUGGCGGUCAGGUCAUUGGAGGUUCCAGUGGUGUUGGAGGAGGAAAUGGCAAUGGUUUUGGAGGCGGUUCCGGUGGUGCUGGAGUAUUCGGAGGCGGUUCUGGUGGUGCUGGAGGAUUUGGAGGCGGAUUUGGUAGCAGCGGAAGUGGUGCUAGUGGUUUUGGUGGUAGUGGAUCUGGUGGUCUUGGUGGAAGUGGAAUUAGUGCUGGUGGUUUUGGUGGUAGCGCGGGUAGCGGAAGGGGUUCAGGCAGUGACCUGGCAGACAAUGCAAUGCUUCCUAUUAACAAAUUUACCGAUAAGUACGCUGUUCAACGACCACAUCUUGUCACACCCGCGAUACAGACUACGUUCGACGUCGACAGCAUCAUUUCCUUGGCUGUAGUCGCAACGUCUGUCGCUGUCCCCCAAGGAUAUAAUCUAGCAGCGCCUUCCGGAAGAGGGUUUUCCCAUGGCGCUCAAAGUGGAGGAGGAGGAUCGUUCGGCAGCGGAGGAGGAGGAUUCUCUGGGGGAGAUGGAUUCUCAGGCGGUGGAGGUGGAUUUUCAGGUAGUGGAGGAAAUGGAUUCUCAAGUGUUGGAGGCUCUUCAUCUGGACAAGGUUAUGGGGGCGGAGGUUCUGGAGGAGCCUGCAGAGAAGGAGAGAUCCUGCACGUAGAUGGAUCGUGCGUCGUUCCCAUCGUUACAAGAAAUGUGUUCGUUUAUGAUGCUCCCGAACAGCCUCAAGGGGAAAGCGGUCCACCACCAAGUAUUCCACCACCGAGGGUUGAUCACAACAUCCUGUUCGUACGCAUUCCUGAAGAAGGUCCAGGACCCGAACCUAUUAUUGUUCCACCACCAAAACAGGAAAACAUUGUUUACGUCCUGAACAAGAGCGGAGGUGACGGAGGACAGCGCGUGAUCGAGGUGACAGCUGCUCCUCCUUCAAAUCCUGAGGUAUAUUUCGUCAACUAUGAAGAGGGAGAAAAUCCAACCCUUCCUAUUGGAGUGGAUCUUCAGACUGCCCUCCAGGCAGCUGCUGAAGCAGGCGGUCAGGUCAUUGGAGGUUCCAGUGGUGUUGGAGGAGGAAAUGGCAAUGGUUUUGGAGGCGGUUCAGGUGGUGCUGGAGUAUUCGGAGGCGGUUCUGGUGGUGCUGGAGGACUUGGAGGCGGAUUUGGUAGCAGCGGAAGUGGUGCUAGUGGUUUUGGUGGUAGUGGAUCUGGUGGUCUUGGUGGAAGUGGAAUUAGUGCUGGUGGUUUUGGUGGUAGCGCGGGUAGUGGAAGGGGUUCAGGCAGUGACCUGUAUGGUCCUCCAUCUUAA